AUGAACACGGGGCCAAACCAGAGUGAAGAUAGAGAUGACCGCAUCCUAAAGGCCCAUUCCAGCUGUGUUCGGCUUAGCUCCGGCUGUGCUCCAACUGUGUUCGGCUGUGCUCCGGCUGUGUUCGGCUGUGCUCCGGCUGUGUUCGGCUGUGCUCCGGCUGUGUUCAGUUGUGCUCCGGCUGUGUUCGGCUGUGCUCCGGCUGUGUUCGGCUGUGCUCCGGCUGUGUUCGGCUGUGCUCCAGCUGUGUUCAGUUGUGCUCCGGCUGUGUUCAGUUGUGCUCCGGCUGUGUUCGGCUGUGCUCCAACUGUGUUCGGCUGUGCUCCAACUGUGUUCGGCUGUGCUCCGGCUGUGUUCGGCUGUGCUCCGGUUGUGUUCAGUUGUGCUCCGGCUGUGUUCGGCUGUGCUCCGGCUGUGUUCGGCUGUGCUCCAGCUGUGUUCAGUUGUGCUCCGGCUGUGUUCGGCUGUGCUCCAGCUGUCUGUGUUCAGUUGUGCUCCAGCUGUGUUCGGCUGUGCUCCAGCUGUGUUCGGCUGUGCUCCAGCUGUGUUCUGUUGUGCUCCAGCUGUGUUCGGCUGUGCUCCAGCUGUGUUCGGCUGUGCUCCAGCUGUGUUCAGUUGUGCUCCAGCUGUGUUCGGCUGUGCUCCAGCUGUGUUCGGCUGUGCUCCAGCUGUGUUCGGCUGUGCUCCGGCUGUGUUCGGCUGUGCUCCGGCUGUGUUCAGUUGUGCUCCGGCUGUGUUCGGCUGUGCUCCAGCUGUGUUCGGCUGUGCUCCAGCUGUGUUCGGCUGUGCUCCGGCUGUGUUCGGCUGUGCUCCAGCUGUGUUCGGCUGUGCUCGGCUGUGUUCAGUUGUGCUCCGGCUGUGUUCGGCUGUGCUCCAACUGUGUUCGGCUGUGCUCCAGCUGUGUUCGGCUGUGCUCCAGCUGUGUUCGGCUGUGCUCCAGCUGUGUUCUGUUGUGCUCCAGCUGUGUUCGGCUGUGCUCCAGCUGUGUUCGGCUGUGCUCGGUUGUGUCCCCAGAGCGGGCCUGUUCUGUACAAAACAGCCACCCUCAGCUUCUCCCUUUAA